UCGGCUCCAACAACCCCCGAGCUUUACCAACUCCACGUCCACAGACCCAGACGAAGGCUGGGAUCCGCUCUCGCUUUUGCUGCUCGCCGUCCUCCAGAUCAUGUCCGCGGCUCCCGGGAUUCCGCUCGGAAAAAGAAGUUUGCCCCGCGUGGACCCCAUGACCUUUCCGAGCUCCGCGCCUCACCACCUGGGCCGGGUCUGAUCGGCACUGCCCGGGCGGACCCUUCAGAGGGAGGGUUUGCUCUGCGUGCUGUUGCCUCUCUGGGUUUUCACCGGAGCCCCACGCCCACCUGCCUCCGAGUCCUGGAAGAAAGGGGCGGUUCCCUCCGCCCCCCAACAGCCGGGAGAAUGGGGAGCAAGGCCCUGCCGGCGCCCAUCCCACUCCACCCGUCGCUGCAGCUCACCAAUUACUCCUUCCUGCAGGCCGUGAACACCUUCCCCGCCGCGGUGGACCACCUGCAGGGCCUGUACGGUCUCAGCGCCGUGCAGACCAUGCACAUGAACCACUGGACACUGGGGUACCCCAACGUGCACGAGAUCACCCGCUCCACCAUCACCGAGAUGGCGGCGGCGCAGGGCCUCGUGGACGCACGAUUCCCUUUCCCGGCUCUGCCCUUUACCACCCACCUCUUCCACCCCAAGCAGGGAGCCAUUGCCCACGUCCUCCCAGCCCUGCACAAGGACCGGCCCCGUUUUGACUUUGCCAACUUGGCGGUGGCCGCCACGCAAGAGGAUCCCCCUAAGAUGGGAGACCUGACCAAGCUGAGCCCGGGGCUGGGUAGCCCCAUCUCGGGGCUCAGUAAAUUGACUCCGGACAGAAAGCCCUCCCGAGGGAGGUUGCCCUCCAAAACGAAAAAAGAGUUUAUCUGCAAGUUUUGCGGCAGACACUUUACCAAAUCCUACAACUUGCUCAUCCACGAGAGGACCCACACGGAUGAGAGGCCAUACACGUGUGACAUCUGCCACAAGGCCUUCCGGAGGCAAGAUCACCUGCGGGAUCACAGGUAUAUCCAUUCCAAAGAAAAACCUUUCAAAUGUCAGGAGUGUGGGAAAGGAUUUUGUCAGUCUAGAACUCUAGCAGUUCACAAAACUUUACACAUGCAGGAAUCUCCACACAAAUGUCCCACAUGUGGAAGAACCUUUAAUCAGAGAAGUAAUCUGAAAACUCACCUUCUCACCCAUACAGACAUCAAGCCCUACAGCUGCGAGCAGUGCGGCAAAGUGUUCAGGCGAAACUGUGAUCUGCGGCGGCACAGCCUGACUCACACCCCGCGGCAGGACUUCUAGAGAAGCCCAGGAUGUGUCCCAUGCCGCCGCUGCUCCCCUCCCCAGACACCUCUCCACGCCUCCCACCCAGGGGUUGCGCCCCCCAACCCCUUACAGACCCCAGCUCUUCCCCUGCUGCAGCCACACCUGCAGCCCCGGGGAGUUAACCCUUCUUCUCGAGGACUGAGAACUGUAGAAAGCCACACAAGUACAUCCCUUCACAAAGAGCAUAUGCUAGUUCUUGUAGAUAUUCACAGCUCAUUUUAGAGCUCUGUACAUAAUGUCGUGGGUCUUUGUUUUGUUGUUUUGUUUGUUUUUGUAUCUUGUUGGAUGCACCUAGGUAUGGAAAAUGGAAGCCAAAUUUAUCUUUAAAGAGUGUAUUUCCAAAAUAAAACUCCUUGUUUGUUUCAA